CCGGAGGACAGAUUCCUCGUAAGCGGCGCCGAGGCUAGAACGGCUGCGGGUCUCUGGCUUGGGUUUUCUAUCAGAUGAUCCAUCGUAAUAAUGCUGGAGUUAAGAAGUCUCCAUUCCUUUGCUUGGAACCAGAAGACUUUUUCCCCUGCAUAUAGAGUAGGAGUAAUGUUGGUUAGAAACUGCCUGAUGUUUAAAACUGAAGAUUGUCAUGACUGUUUAACCUAAGCUCCAUGCUGAAGUAAGAUUAAUUGUCUUGGAAAUACUAAAUUGGGGUAACCCAAAUCUGUUUCUGGAACCAUGAAACUUUUGUUGGUUUUUGACUUUGACAAUACAAUCAUAGAUGAUAAUAGCGACACCUGGAUUGUACAAUGUGCUCCAGAGAAAAAGCUUCCUAUUGAACUACAAGAUUCUUAUGAAAAAGGAUUUUGGACAGAAUUUAUGGGCAGAGUCUUUAAGUAUUUGGGAGAUAAAGGUGUAAGAGAAGAUGAAAUGAAAAGAGCAAUGAUAUCAAUGCCUUUCACUCCAGGGAUGGUGGAACUUUUAAACUUUAUAAGAAAGAACAAGGCUAAAUUUGACUGCAUCAUUAUUUCAGAUUCAAAUUCAGUCUUCAUAGAUUGGGUUUUAGAAGCUACCAAUUUUCAUGACGUGUUUGAUAAAGUCUUUACAAAUCCAGCAGCUUUUGAUAGCGAUGGUCAUCUCACUGUGGAAAAUUAUCAUGCUCAUUCUUGCACUAGGUGCCCCCCAAAUCUUUGCAAAAAUGUAGUUUUGGUAGAAUUUGUAGGUAAACAGUUACAACGAGGAGUGAAUUAUACACGAAUUGUUUAUAUAGGUGAUGGCGGAAACGAUGUCUGCCCAGUAACCUUUUUAAAGAAGAAUGAUGUUGCCAUGCCACGGAAAGGAUAUACUUUACAGAAAACUCUUUCUAGGAUGUCUCAAAAUCUUGAGCCUGUGGAGUCUUCUGUUGUAUCUUGGUCUUCAGGUGUUGAAAUAAUUUCUCAUUUAAAAUUUCUAAUAAAGGAGUAAUAUGCCAAUAAUUGAAAUGUGUAUCAGUUAAGAUUAAAUACAGCAGCAUAAAACUAAAACCCCAAAUAACAGUGGCUUUAAAAAAAGAAAAAAGUUUUCCCUCUCACUUAAAAGAAUUUCGGAGUUAAGUAUCUCAAAGUUUCUGUGUUGCUCUACCAACCUCAGCACUUGACUUCCAACUUAUGAUCCAAGAUUGCUGUUCAAGCUCCUUCCCUCACAUCAACUUUCUGACCAGCAAGGACAGUGAGAGAGAAGGUUGCACCCUCAGUUAAAGUUCACUGGCCAAUACUUAGUCACAAUGCUCC